UCUGACAAGUCAUCUUGCGUCAUCAUUAAUUUUUCACGUACUGAUGUAUGCCACUUGAUUCCUCAAAAAAAUUCAGUCCGUUGUGAGCGCUGGUAGCACGCGCCUGUUAUACAUUGGCUAAGGAUGCUAUGAAUAACUUCGAGAACUAAAAUUGUCCGAAAUACUAGGAAGAUGUGUAAAAAGUAGAACUUCCUGCGUCCACAUCAGGAGUCUGACGUUGCCAGUGAAAUAUUUAUGUAGGCUACUCAAACGGAAACCCAUCUCGUAGAGAAGGAUGUCUGAGAAGCGACUUGCACGGUGGUAUUUUGGAGGCCUAGCUUCUGCAGGUGCAGCAUGCUGUACACAUCCACUGGACCUUCUAAAGGUGCACUUGCAAACACAACAGGAAGGAAAACUUUCGAUGGCUCGCAUGGCAGUGACAAUUGUCCGGAAACAAGGACUGUUUGCUUUGUACAAUGGGCUUUCAGCUUCCCUUCUUAGGCAACUCACUUACUCAACAACGCGGUUUGGUAUUUAUGAGGUGACAAAGCAGGCUGUCGCCCCAUCUGGUGAAGCAAUACCUUUUUACCAACGGAUUGGAAUGGCAGCAGUUGCUGGUGCUGCUGGAGGCUUUGUUGGCACCCCUGGAGACCUGGUUAACGUACGCAUGCAGAAUGACAUCAAAUUAUCUCCUGAAUUACGAAGAAACUACCGCCAUGCCCUAGACGGAGUAGUUAGAGUUCUUCGUGAAGAAGGUCUACGGCGGCUGUUCUCAGGGGCAUCCACUGCCACUGGUCGCGCUGUACUCAUGACUAUUGGACAACUGUCUUUCUAUGAUCAAUUCAAAAUGUUGCUACUAACAUAUGCUGGCAUGUCAGACAACCUCACCACACACUUUCUUGCUAGUCUUUCAGCAGGUGCAGUAGCAACAACACUCACGCAGCCAUUAGAUGUGAUGAAGACAAGAGCAAUGAACGCAAAGCCUGGAGAAUUCAAGAGCUUAUGGCACAUAGCCACGUAUACUGCCAAACUUGGUCCACUGGGUUUCUUCAAGGGUUAUAUUCCAGCAUUUAUAAGACUUGGGCCACAGACAAUUUUAACAUUUGUGUUCCUGGAACAACUGCGCAAAAAUUUUGGGGUAUUGGCACUACCUCAGUAAUAAGUUACCUUAUUUCUGGUCAAUAGGUUAUAUUUACAUCACAAAAGAAAGGAAGUAAUUAGCUGUUUAACCACUGGAGUAAGUGUACUACUUGCCAGUUUGACUUCUACAGUGCAAAGAAUACUUGAGAAUCAAAGGGUUUACAUGGUAAACUUUAUGAAUUUAUCAGUUCCAAACUAUGAACAUCAAAACAUAGAAUGCCAAAGUACAUUAAAAACAAUUAACUGAUUUUUCCUCAUUUAGGACACACAAAAAUUCCCAUAAUCAGUUUUUCUAUCUUGCAGGUGAAAUGUUAACAGUUACUGUCAUGAUUGGUCGUAGAAGGAAAUCACAUUUUUAAUGCCAUUGAAACAUCAUCAUAAAUUAAGAUCUUUGUUGUACUCAUUACCAUAGUUGUUAUUCUCACACAUUUUUUUACGUUUCUUGUUUACAGUUUUUACCGACAUAAAAUUAUCACUUCACACAAACAAGGAUAAUCGUCAAAUAUUUGCCUCAUUCUGAGAUAUUGUUGCUAUUGUGUAUUGCCUCUUCUUCAUGUAACAUAUCUUUGAUGGUUCUUCCAUAUUAUGCAUGGAAGAUGGUAAAGUAAGUAAUGUAAGUGUAGAAUAAUAAUGUAAAUUUCUGGAUGGAACAAUAAUCAAAAUAAGGAAAAGGCAGACAGUUACCUAUAGCAGACUGAUGUAUGGGGCAUAGAAACAAGUAACAGAAAAACAGUAUUCACAGUACUUUAUGAGCACUUGCUUCUUUUCCAAGCAAAAGUUCACACACACACACAC